UGAAGCCGAGCAAUUCCCAGCUGCCGCUGUCGGUAGGUAAAUCAGACAUUUAUGUCGACGAAAUUGUCAAAAUUUAUUAAGAAUCGUGAGACGUGAGUGUUUUCUCGUGUGUAUUGUAUAUUCGAAAUUUGGUGAUUAUAUUUGGUUAACGUGCUUGCAUAAAUCUUCGAUCAUAAAUCACAAAUCGAUUUUCAUCGAAGAUCUUGUAACAAAAUAAAAAAUACGAGUAAAUUCACCAUUCGAUUAGCCGGCUGUAAUAAACGAUCAAAUCAAAAUGUGCAUGAGAAAAUUAUUCGAGGAUGAAGAAGUUGGCGGCGUCCUUCUAAAGACUAACAAUAAGUCAAAUCAACCCGAACAUCAGGAUCUCAACGAAGACAAGCUGACAAAGGCAAAAAAUCGAUACAUCAAACAGCACGAAGAAAUGCUACUUCGCGAGGCUGAGAUUGCUCGACAAAAUGAAAAAUCUGAGGAAAUUAUUGUCCCAGUUAUUCACACAGACGCACUCGCAAAAUGCACUUUCUACUACAGCGUAUUGAUAAAUCUUAUCUCCAAGUCGCAUUCAGCGUGGAAACACUCUGCAGCUUACAAAAUUCUUUUCUACACGACGCAGCCAGCUCACGUAAUAAUGAUUGCUGCCGUUCUUUGCGUGACUUCGGCUAUGGUACCAUCCACGGAACGUACCAACACAGCCGGUCAGCCACAUUCCCGCACAGCUUCCUUUAUUUAUCUUACUUCUUUCGUAAUCCACUUUGGCGCACAGAUAUGGAUGACUUUCGUAUCAGGCUUGACGUUAUACUUCGCACUGCCAAGACAUUCGUUUGGAGAAGUUCAGCGCGUCUUGUUCCCGCGGUACUUCAGCCUAAACGCUUGCCUCAGCCUAAUAACGCUCCUGAUAUUCGUGAAACAUCAUCCUAUGAAUACCUGGGACACAGAAAUAGCAAUUCAGGUCUUUGGAAUGUCGGGUGCAUUCUUCUUGGAGCUGUUGAUACGUUUGUACCUUACUCCACCGCUGUUACGCCUGAUCAUACAAAAGAAUGCGUUGGAGCGUGCAGCAGGAGUGGGCACUGAAAUUGGCCGCCACAAUCCAGGACCACUGAAGCACUGCCCUCACUAUUUGAUUAUUCAUCGUGCUUUUCGUCGCGUUCACGUAACCAUUGCCAUGGGGAACAUGGUUACUAUGGCGUGCACGGUAUUACAUCUUCAUUAUAUAUCUAGCAAAUUAUGCGUUUUGUAAAUUAGAUACGAAACCAUGUAGAGAAGGAAGAUAUAAUUCAGUAGAAUUUGUCAGGCGUGUCGCUCACUAGUAUAGUGUAAACUAUCUCACAUAUCACGUCUGUAUUGACAGCUAGGAGUGAUGGUCACAACUCUAUCCCAUGUAUUGGAUGUAGAUACGAUGUACAUACGCAAGUAUGACAGCAUUAAGACUGACAGUAAGGAAGCUCAUCUAAUCAUUUCGGUAGAGUCAAGAUUGAGGCUUUGAUCUCAAUAUGUAAGUGAAUUAGUUUGGAUGAAAAUGACGAAUAAUAAUUUCGUUUAAUUAUUUCACUUUUGAUUCGUAUUUGCGUUAGCAGUCAUCGAUAUAGUACAUUGUAUAGGUAAAAUUUAAUUAGAAAAACAUAAGAAAAAUUUCUGCAACACUCCAUACAGUUAUGACCGUGGAUUUGAAUUGCAGUACAUCCAAUUGUUGUGUAAAGUCUAGGUUUAUUCUAUCGUUAUAGAAUACGUCAUUAGACACACAUACACGUAAUUCUUGUCAUCUUUAUUUUGCUCCGUAAAUCAGUGACUCGUUAUUCGUUUAUGGUUUCGAUCUCUGAGGGGGUACUUUUGGGAACUAAAGUCUUAUUUGAGCAAACGUAACACAUCGUGCAUUAAGCAUUGCAGUGGGAACAAAUUUUAUCCAAACUGGAUUACUUGCAUACUUGACCAGCUUUCGCUACGAUCACAUCAGUCUGACAGCUUUAAUUAUACUGUGGACAGGUUGUGUGAAUUCGAAAAUUUGCCGUAUUGUAAUGAAUUCCCAGUAGGUCGUUUGAAUAUCUUACUGCGGGUCAAGAAUAAAACCCGAAAUUAGACUUACUGAGAAAGUGAUCAACAAAGGGAAAAAAUUAAAAAUAUGUGCAACUCCGAUUCAUGUCAUAAGCAAUAAGCAUACUUUGGAUGAAUUGAAUUUAAUCACAUUUAUCUUGCCUGUUUGUUGAACAAUAUAUGAUGAGUUAUUGACCUACGGUACCAAAAUAAAGAUGGCGUCAUGUUCAUAGACACAGUUAAACGAAGAUGAAAAGGAUGCAAUUCGGCGGAAUGAAUAAUCAUACACGCAAUUAUUAUGCCUGAGCUCGUUAAUUGGCAGUUAAAGACAGCGAAGAAUUUGUGAAAUGUUUAUCAUACCACCCGUCUUUAGGAUACUCUAAUUCUCAAAAGGAGGUGUCUCAUACCGAAGCAUACAGGGGCAUAUUCAUCUUUCUCAGUUACAACGCUUGUUCAUGAAAACUAGCCCAUUGAGAUCGUGCAACUACAGUCAGUCUUUACUAAUCGAGGAACAAUGUCAUUUAUUUUUACUAUUAUCAGAGCCUACGCACCACUGACGCGAAACUGUCACAUAUAGCGCAAUUUCACGUGCAACGCGAAACAAAAAUAUCCAAUAAAUUUUUUCUCCGUUACAUGAUAAUAACGCCAAAAAAUGCAUUUCUGCAAUUAGUGGUUAUUCAAUAAAAGGAAUAUAACUCCUGGCAUUAUUUUUACAUGAUACAAAUUUUUUUUCAGUACCUAUGUUCGGCUUUACACCUAGAAUUGUACCAACAACGAUGCAUAGGCUCUGAUAAAUUAAUAACUGACAUCAUUUAUAUUUCACCCUGUAACAGCAAAGACUGAUUACAGCAUACUUGUAACGUAUAGAACUGUAAAGAGGGGGCGUGAUUGUUGUUUGAAAAAGUAUAUUAGUUUAUUUAAAUAUCGAAAUAUGUCGCACUAAGGUGAGGAUAAAACGCCCUCUUCACAGUCCAAUAAUCUUAGAAUCUUACAUUAUUCCUACAUAGGGGCAGACGCAAUGUGCUUUUGAAAACAUGUCGUACCUGUGACAAAUCCGAAAAAUAAGCCAGCAAAUUUAAAUUGACGUGAGUGUAACGCAGCACACCGUUUCACGUAAUUUUCAUUUUUCAAGUCACUAUUAAUCGAAUUUUCGACACUUGAUGGAUCAAGGUGUUGCUUCUUCUACAAUAAGGGGUAAUCCAUCCCGGAAUCCCGGAUACACUAAAGUCUAUACCAAAGGUUAUCAAACAUUACGAUAUACUUGCCAAUACCUGACUGAUAUGUGUGUUUGCGUUUUCAUGAAUGCGGCGUUAUCCGCGAAGUACAAUGCAGUAUAGACUGGUUAGAUUUUUGCCAUUCGUGCAAUUUGCUGCUAGCAGUUCGGUAAAAUAACCGCAUUUCCGCCUACAAUAAAUUCAUACCGUUAAUAGUUAACGGAACGAUUGUUAACUCGAAUCUGUACUUCACGUGUACGCGUUUAAACCUUACACAACUGCAUGUACGUAUCUAAAUACCAUACUACGAUUGAAAUGUCACGAGCUUGAUACAAUCUCAUAUGAUGUUUCAAGAUAAAGAAUCAUAUGUGUACAAUAAUGUCAUAAGUUAUUUUAUCGAAUUUAAAUAUUAUAUAAAAACUACUCUGCAUCAGAGUAAGUGGUAUUUACUGAACUAAUGAUACCUACUCAAAGUUUGUAGACCUUCAAAGUGAAUGAAAUUAUUCUAUGUAAUAAUUACCACUGCUACCAUUUCUAUAAUUAUUUACUACAAAUAGGACGAAUGUGACGUCACGAUUUUUUCAAAACCAAAAAGUUCGAAAAUCAGCCUAUUUCAGAGAUUUACUCAGUAUGCCAUGUGAGUGACUAGAUUAAUAAUUAAUGUUCACGUUGUGCUGAUUAUAUAUAACAAAUUUAUGGAGGAAGAAAUCGUUAGGUGUUGCGACGUCACCCUAUGCCUAAAUUAUCCUAUCAGACUGACAUCUUUAAUUUAUAAUCAUGUAGCAAUAAUUUCAUUGAUGUAAAUAUGACACUUUUAUUUUCGUAAAAUAGAUUAAAUCAUGGGCGACUUCACUUGAAAAUAUAAUCACUGCUUUUUCUAA